GCAGCAGUGCAGUCAGCUGCAGGUCACAUGACCAGCUUGCCUUGUCUCACUGAGCAUGCUCAGACCCCUCAGUGUUGUCAGGCAAAAUAUAAGACAGCAGUAAGAGCAGAGAUCUGCAAUAGAUAAACACAUAGACCCGCACACACCAGCUGGCUUGCUCCUAGACACACACCGCAAGCAUCGAGGGACAGAUGCUCUAGAAUCGGAGGAUCGUGGCUCUGGUUUCUCCACUACCUUAUUUCGAUGGGUUUAUUGUCAUCUGUCAUUUCAGCGGAAAACAGGCACCGAUAGAAAGAGAGGCAGGUGUGCCCUUUAAGGGGGGUGGGUGGGGGGCAGCUGAAGCAAGGACAGCAUCCGUGUCUCCAUCCCUCUCUGGAGGCCGUGUAAAUCUGAGGAGUGGGGGAAAGAGAGGCGGCCAGUCAGAACUCUUCGGUUUUCCGUUCUCGUUCAUUCCACCUGGAAAAAAAACGGCUGCGAUGGUUGGCAGUCAAAGGCCCAAACCUGUCUGAGAGAGCCCUAUGAACAGCAGACCCAAUGGACAUCAAAGGCCAAUGUUGGACAGACGAGGAGUCGGACGGGGAGAACGAAUCGGAACAGUUUCUGUAUGGCAUUCAGUGCUGCUUGUUGCAGGGGACCUGUGCCGCUGACCUGUACCGUCACCCUCAACUGGAUGCAGACAUUGAGGCAGUGAAAGACAUCUACACAGACAGUGCUGUCUCUGUCAGGGAGUAUGGAACCAUUGAUGACGUGGACAUCGAUCUGCACAUUAACAUCGGUUUCUUAGAUGAGGAGGUUGCGACAGCUUGGAAAGUUAUCAGAACAGAGCCCAUUAUUCUGAGACUGCGCUUUUCUCUUUCUCAGUACCUCGAUGGACCUGAGCCGUCAGUAGAAGUGUUCCAGCCCUCAAAUAAAGAAGGCUUCAGCUUGGGCCUGCAGCUCAAAAAGAUCCUGAGUACGUUCACUUCACAGCAGUGGAAGCACCUCAGUAAUGAGUUCCUCAAGGCCCAGCAGGAGAAGAGGCACAGCUGGUUCAAAGCAGGAGGAACCAUCAAAAAGUUUCGUGCUGGGCUCAGCAUCUUCUCCCCCAUCCCCAAAUCUCCAAGUUUUCCUCUUAUCCAAGACACGGUUUUAAAAGGGAAGCUGAGUGUCCCUGAGCUGAGAGUGACCCGCCUGAUGAACCGCUCAAUCUCGUGUACCAUGAAGAACCCUAAAGGGGAGCUCUUCAGCUAUCCGCCAAAUAGCCAGACUGUGGCUGUCCCGGCGGCCAGGGCCCCAGCGCAGAUUACCACGAGGCAGCUGAUUGAAUUGUUUUUCUCAUCCCAGGCGGGCGGCCACUGCAAGAACAUCCCUACCUUGGAGUAUGGCUUCUUAGUGCAGAUAAUGAAGUACUCAGAACAGAGGAUCCCCACGCUUAACGAGUACUGCGUGGUGUGUGACGAACAGCACGUCUUUCAGAAUGGAUCCAUGCUGAAGCCCGCUGUGUGCACCAGGGAGCUGUGUGUGUUCUCAUUCUACACUCUGGGCGUGAUGUCCGGAGCUGCAGAGGAAGUGGCAACUGGAGCGGAGGUGGUGGAUUUGCUUGUGGCUAUGUGUCGAGCUGCUCUGGAGUCUCCCCGUAAGAGCAUAAUCUUUGAGCCCUACCCAUCAGUUGUUGAUCCCAAUGACCCCAAGACUCUGGCCUUCAACCCAAAGAAGAAGAAUUAUGAAAGACUGCAGAAGGCGCUGGACAGUGUUAUGUCCAUCCGGGAAAUGACCCAGGGCUCAUAUCUGGAGAUAAAGAAACAGAUGGACAAGCUGGACCCUUUGGCUCAUCCCCUGCUACAAUGGAUCAUUUCCAGCAACAGAUCACACAUUGUCAAGCUUCCUCUCAGUAGGCAACUAAAAUUCAUGCACACAUCCCACCAGUUCCUGCUGCUCAGCAGCCCCCCAGCCAAGGAAGCUCGUUUUCGCACUGCCAAGAAGCUGUACGGAAGCACGUUCGCCUUCCAUGGUUCCCAUAUAGAGAACUGGCACUCUGUUCUGAGAAAUGGACUAGUCAAUGCCUCUUAUACCAAACUGCAGCUGCAUGGGGCAGCGUAUGGAAAGGGCAUCUAUCUGAGCCCCAUCUCCAGCAUAUCUUUUGGAUACUCAGGAAUGGGGAAAGGACAGCACCGGAUGCCCACCAAAGAUGAACUAGUGCAGCGUUACAACCGCAUGAACACCAUACCGCAGAGCCGUCCGAUACAGUCAAGGUUUCUUCAGAGUCGAAACUUGAACUGCAUCGCUCUUUGUGAAGUUAUCACAUCUAAGGAUCUGCAGAAACAUGGUAACAUCUGGGUGUGUCCAGUAUCUGACCACGUCUGCACUCGCUUCUUUUUUGUGUAUGAGGAUGGCCAAGUAGGAGAUGCCAACAUCAACACCCAAGAGCCUAAGGUGCAGAAGGAGAUCAUGCGUGUGAUCGGGACCCAGAUCUACUCCAGCUAAUUGAGGUUCACCAGCGGCGCUCUGAUACGUCAUACGUCUCUGUGGUGGAGGCACACAGGCAGGCAGACAGUUAGAGCGAAUGUUUGGGUGAGCUGUCCUCAGGCCUCGUACUGGAGGAUGAGGAAGCUCUUGAGCACAUUAUUUCGAAAGUCUUUUUUUUUUGUUUUGUUCUGGUCUUCUUGUUUCCCUCCUUCGUUCCUCUUCCCUGAAUUGUUACGCAUCACUCAUUCAUUUAACCUUCAGUUUAGGUUUUAACCUGGUUAAAGUAUGCUGUUCUCAGUUCUUGGCAUUUGCAGACCACUGGUGAAGAAAAAAGGAAUUAAUCACUGGACACACGUGCGCACCCUUCUCUGACCUUGGGUUGACUGAGGCUUUUGCCUUUUUUUGCUGCACUUUUACUUAUCCCUAGGACUAAUCAUGUCCAUUUAUCAUGUCCCUUUGUGAAUAUUAAAAUAGUAAAAUAAUCAUUCCAAAUGAUAAUAGAUCCCUUUGUGGCAAAUGAGUGAUGGAUUUACAUGCACAUAGCAGUUUGGUCUCUUAUUGUGUUUGCAAAGUCAUUAUCUCUCAUUAGUUUAUUCAAUAUUCUUUGACUAAUGACAUGAAUUCGGGUCUGUGACACGGUUAUUCAAGGGGCAAGCACUGCUCUGUCAUUUUGUCCCUGUCUAUUGAAUGAAGCUCUCAGAAUCCAAUAAGUGAGGUGUGGCUGAAAUUCACCAUAAGUACUUUUAUAACAUUAUGUAAAAAGAAAUCCAGCUCUGUUUUUGUUGCAGAAUUAAAACAGAUUAAUGAUGCACUUUUAACAUUACAGCCCCCAAAUAUCAAAUGAACAAGAUUUGUUUGAGCUUUUAUGCGACGGGACAGAAGUGUAACACUGGUUCACGAGACCCAUCCUGGGAUCCAUUUUGUUAAUAUUUUACCGUUAACAUUUUAUAAAAUGACGGACUGGCAUCCACGCGGAUACCACUGAGAAUCAGCAUUCAGCUUUCAAGUUUUUGCUGCUGUUCCCCUAGUCGUCGCUGAGCACUCAGAUCAAAUGAAUAGUCGACAUGUUUUCGUCAGUUACAGCUCUUUCAACAUUUUUUUUUUUUUCCGCAGUUGAGUUGCAUUUCUAGUUCCUCAGUGCUAAGAAAACAGUCGCAAGGAGUGUGUCAAAGCUCAGUUGCAGGGAGUUUGGUGUCAUCUGGUGCAUGAUAGGAAAUAUGUCAGGCUAAAACUAUAAACUUUUCAAAAUUAAGAUAAGGUUGACCCAUCAACAACAGCAAUAUAAACUUACAUAAAUUAAAUAAUUAAAAAAAAUGAUGAAAUCUGUAAACAGCUACCAUCAGCUACUUACAUUAUCUGUUCAAAAAGUACCAUAAUCAGUGAUGUGCCACCAUUUUCUUUUAGUAGUCUACAUACUCAUAAAAACAAUGGAGGAUAUCUUAUUUUAAAACAAACCUCUCUGCGUACAAACUUCACUGACCACUGGAGUCACUAACAAAAUCCGCUGUACAGAAAAUCAUUUCCCCAAACUAUUUACAAAGGAGUGUCUGGUUCAGGUGAGCUGUUUCUCACCUCUAACCUUACAGACGCUGGAUAUUAUAGAGGUGCAUCCACGUGCAGCUCCUUGAUUUCACCUUGGAGAGUGGCUUGUAUAGAUUAUCAGUUAGUCAUGUACUGUAUGUAUGUAUGUACGUGUGGCUUUGUAUUUUCUUGACAUUAUAAUAGACAUUGCACUUAUUCAACGUUUGCCUAAACUGGAGAAAUUGACUGUCCCCAGACCUGCUGUAAACAGAAAGUGGAGAGGUGAAAAAUAUAAAUAAUCACGGCAUCGGUAAGACGACAAUACGCAGCAUCUUAAACUUGUCUGCACUAAGAUGGGCUUUCAUUGUCUCCUGGAGCUGAAACUCUUAACUACCGAGUGGACUUUGAGGCACUGAAAAGCAGACAAAUUGUAAAUAAGGACACUGGAGAUGCUCUUGAAAUGUAUUGCCCACAAAGAGAAUGGUCAAUUGUGUUGCGGGACUGCCAAUUGUUGUUGCCUGUUUUUUCCCGGAGGUGUGAGCGGCGAGUCUCAUUGAGAAUCUAUUCUCUCACCAUCUGCCUCUGGUGAGUAAUGUUUUCAAAGAUGAUGUCCAUGACUAUGAUGGUGAUUAUGAUGAAGAUGAAAGAAGGCGACGCAGGAAAAAAAAAAUAAAGCCUGAUUUUGCACAGUUUUA